AUGGGUCUUUUUUUGUCUACUUUGAAUAAUGGACUAGUUAUCAACACUCCAACUAACGGGUCGGUGACGACUUCUUUGGUAUGUAUGAAUUAUCCUCUUUACAUCUAUCGAAAGGACCUUGGUAUUGAUUUUUUUUUAUCGCUGGAAGAUGUGGAUGGAAUUAUGGGAAUGAGCUGGUUAGAGUUCAACCAUGUUUAUAUCAAUUGUUACAACAAAACUUUAUGGUUUCUUACUUCUGGAGAUAAACAAGAAGAUGAUUUUAUAUCUGCUAAAGAAUUGAAGGAAUUGUUGAAAGAUCAAGCUAAAUCAUUUGCAAUGUUUGCCUCUCUAUCUGUUGAGAGUCAGGCGACUAUUGAAGGAUUACCAGUGACGUAUGAAUUUCCAGAGGUGUUUCCAGAUGACAUGUCUGAAUUUCCGCCCAAGAGAGAGGUGGAGUUUACUAUUGAUCUUGUACCUAGUACUAGGCCAGUUUCUAUGGAACCAUACAUAAUGUCAACAUAA